AUUGAUAACAGCCACAUUUUUCUCCACUUUUGUUUCCAGUGUUUUGUGCCGGGAUGGGAUCUCCAACAAAACAUGCGACACCGCACCGAACCAACAUCCGUACCCCCGGUCGAGAACCUGACUCCCCACUUCCCCCCAUCCACGAGCGGCUGGCGUACUUGCGCCCCUCCAGGGAGCUGCUGGAGUUCUACAGACAGAAGAUCGCCCAGUUUGACGGAGAACACGAGGAGCUGCUGCAGAUGCUGGGGAAAUACAAAGGCCUCAGCGAUGACCAGCAUAAGCUACAGUGGGAGGUGCGACAGCGUGACGGAGAGAUCGCGGAGCUGCAAAACGCUCUGAGUGACAUGCAGGUCUACCUUUUCCAAGAGAGAGAACAAUCUCUGCGACUUUAUGCAGAAAAUGACCGAUUAAAGAUCAGAGAGUUGGAGGACAGGAAGAAGAUCCAGCACCUUCUGGCCCUGGUGGGUCCUGAUGCAGGAGAAAUCACAUAUAUGCACCGGGAACCUCCGCACAAGGUCACUAUCACACAGAGGAGCGCUGAGUCCAGAUUGGAAAAUCAGGAAAAUCUCAAUCUCAGGCCAACAAUGCUAAAACCUGCUGUGUCCAGAAAAGCAGAGAGUAGCAGGAGAACAAAAUCAGCAGAUGGAGUAAAUGGAGAGAGCCUGGAACAAUACAAGAGUGAUAACCAGACAUUGUUACUACAGGUGGAGGCUCUGCAGGCUCAGCUGGAGGAACAAACCCGUCUGGCAAAAGAGCAGGUAGAGUCUCUCCUGGAGGAUCGACGGAUUAAAACAGAGGAGGCAAAGGCACAGCAGCACAGAGAUCAUGAGCGAAUCACAGCUCUGACUGACAAGCUCCAGCGAACCCAGAACCUGCUGCAUGAGAGCACCAGGGAUUUCUUACAGCUAAAGUUCGAGUCGCGGGCUCAUGAGAAGAGCUGGAUGGUGGAGAAGGACCGACUGCUGAGGGAGCUGGACUCCUGUCACAACCGUCUGAGGAAGACUGGGUCAACCGGUGCCGAGCUGGGCCAAGCGUGGCAGCCCAGCAGCAGCACAGCCCUGCUUCUCCCCCGGCCUCAGCCAGAGUCACAGCAGACUCACAAGGAGGACUUAAAGGCAAUGCAGGAGGAACUGAAGCAAUCCCACCGUCUGGCAGAGAUGUACAGGGAGCAGUGUAUUACUCUGGAGACAGAACUGGCCCAAAUCCGAGAAGAAGGCGAUGUGGGCAGGGAAAUAUUUAAGGACCGGUCGGAUAAAAUGGCCAAGCGUCUUCAGAUGAUGACUCAGCGUUACGAGGCGCUGGAGAAGAGGAGAGCCAUGGAGGUGGAGGGCUUCAAGACGGACCUGAAGCACCUCAGACAGAAAUUUAAAGAUGUAGAAAAACAACUCCUGAAGGCUACUCUGAAUAUUGGGCCUAACCAGGACAUGGCCAUCCUGCAUGAGGUACGUCAGACCAACGCCAGGACGAAGAAGGUUCAGGGAGAGCUGAUGACGCUGAAGGCGAAGAUCUAUGGACUUGAAAAUGAGCUGCGAUUCAGCUGAAGAAUUCACUGUGAUGUCUUGUGUCUGCCUAUAGAGGAUGAUCUAUGUGAAGUCUAUGUCAUGUAUGUCUGUGCCACUGUGUUUAUUAUUGAAACUUAGAAUCAAUGUUAUUUCUAUUUUGUACUACUGGACUAAUAAAGAUGCUUUGCUGCAA